AUGAGUUCAAGAUUCAGCGAAGACAACAGGGCUGGAGCCGAAAUGUUUGCCUUGGUUCCAUCUGCUUUGGUGAAGCAUGACAGUUUUCGUAACUUAGAAGAAAGCUGCAAUUUUGGCAACAUGACUUACCUACACCGUCCUCUCUUCCUUCUGAGUUAAAAGAAUGGCAAUACUUUUGGUGCACACCCACUUUACAGCUAAAAAUCUAAUCGAGUGUGUAGAUGAUCUGCUGAGGAGGAUAUGUAUCCCAACAUACGAGUUUUGCUUACAAUUGGUUGUACCCUUCCUGUUGGUUCUGCCUAAGCUGAGUGUUCAUUAUCUGGCUUGCGACGAAUCAAGUCAUAUCUCAGAAAUAGGAUGUCGGAUGAGCGGUUGUCAGGACUUGCACUCAUGCACUUACAUCAUGGCCUUGACAUUGAUGUUGACCAAAUCUGUACAAUCUUUGUUACCAAGCAGAAGAGGAAGAUGUUCCAAGGGUGCAUCCUUUGCG